UUUCUCUUUCCACAUAACGCCGUUAGAACCGGUCUAUCUAUCCAUUUCUUUAAGCAGUCCCUACCCUUUUCAUUCAUUUUCAGCGCUUUAUUGCCCUCCUUUUUCUGCUCUUUCUUCUCUCCCUAGGGUUUUGAAUCUUCCUUAUUCCUAAAAUUCCCUCUCUUUCUCUCAUCAUUCGUCUCCUGUUUCGAAGAAUCUCUCAUUCUUCAUGACGUCUACUUCUGUCAAAAACAAAAUGAUGCCCCCAGGUCUCGUCUCCAAUCUUCAACAGGCCCUGCUCAGCAGGAAAGUAGCCGAACAAGGCGACCAAUCGGAGAACGGUGCUGAAACUGCCGAACCGUCUUCUACUUCCGGGGCUGAUUCCGAGGAGCUCAAUGAUAGUUCGAAGCCUAUUGUCCUGGUCACCAAUAGCGAAGGAAUUGAGUCCCCCGGCCUUACUUACCUGAUUGAAGCUCUUGUUCGCGAAGGCCUCUACAAUGUUCAUAUCUGCGUUCCUCAAUCGGACAAAUCAGCUGCGGGGCACUCUGUAACGCUCAGAGAAACGGUGGAAGCGAGUUCUGCUCAAAUUGAUGGUGCCAUUGCGUUUGAGAUUUCAGGAACUCCUGUGGAUUGUGUUUCAUUAGCUUUAUCAGGGGCGUUAUUUUCAUGGUCAAAGCCUAUGCUGGUUGUUAGUGGAAUUAAUAGGGGUUCAAGCUGUGGUCAUCACAUGUUCUACUCAGGUGUUGUUGCCGGAGCUAGAGAGGCAUUACUUUGUGGUGUACCAUCACUGUCAAUAUCAUUGAAUUGGAAGAAGGGUGAAAGUCAAGAAACAGAUUUCAAGGACGCAGUGGCAGUCUGUUUACCAGUAAUAAAUGCAGCUAUAAGGGAUAUUGAAAAGGGAACUUUCCCUAAAAGCUGCUUUUUGAAUAUAGAAAUUCCGACAUCUCCUCUGGGUAACAAGGGUUUCAAAUUGACUAAGCAAAGUAUGUGGAGAUCCACUCUAAACUGGCAAGCUGUUUCAAGUAGUCGCCACCCUCCUGGUCAUCUCAUGGCUAAUCAGCAAGGCCUUGGCCUUCAGCUUGCGCAGCUUGGCCGAGACGCCUCUGCUGCUGGUGCAGCUCGUAGAUUGACAACGCAGAAAAAGAAUUUGGAGGUGGUUGAAUCAGUUGGAGCUGUGGGAAAGCCUGAUUUCAGCAGAGUGAAGAAAUAUUUCAGAUUAGAGUUUUCAGAAAAGCAGCAGGAAGAUCUAGAAGAUGAUCUGGAUUAUAGAGCUCUUGAAAGCGGAUUUGUUGCAGUAACCCCACUUUCACUUUCUCCUCAUACUGAAUCUGAUAUCCGAACGGCAGCUUCUGAUUGGAUUUCUACUGUGGUUCCAAGUGAACAAUGAAAAGCUGAGAAGUCCUGUACAUUUGAGUUAUGAUAAUUCUUUCUUUAUUCUUGUUUUCAUCAUUUUUUUUUAGUCAAAGAUGGAAGGAGGAAGGAAUAGUCACACCAAUUCAGUAGUUGAUUUUCGAGCUGCACAACUAUUUUUCGUGUAUAAUUUUUUUCCCAUCUUCAUUGUUUCUGUUUCCUUGGUCUCUGUUGUUUCUUACAAGAAGCCAUUGCUUCUUGUAAUCUGUAAGGCAUAUUUUGAAAAUGCCAUUUCGUCUUCUUGUAAGUUAUAACUAGCUUGUUACCACCCAAAAAAAAAAAAAAGGUUGUUACUGGCAACAUUGGUGCCGUUGUAAUUUUCAAUAUAAUUAUCUGUUUGAAUAUAGUUAA